AUGUCUGAGGAUCUAGCUGAAUGGUUGAGUGACUCAAAUGAGGUAUUCAACCUCCAAAUGGUGAGAGAUCCUGAAGAUGAAGACGUGCUUGAAAAUGAAGAUCAACAAGCGAUAGAACCUUUUAAUCCAAAUUUCACUUAUCCAAUCUUUGGUGAACAUGAAAAGAUAUUCGGUUAUAAAGGAUUAGAUAUACAGCUAAAAUUCGCUUCUGGGUCAUUACGUCAAUACCUUUCAAUCAAUUAUGAUUCCAGACUCAAUUCAACAGCGACACCAGCUGAUGAACUCGAAGGAACAUUAUACAAAUUCAUUCCUUCAGACUAUACGAAAUCAGAUUUAGAUUUCCAGAAAAUCGUAGAAACAGAUGCCGAAAACUUCAAACCUUUAGGAGAAAGAGUUGGUUCAUACGUAAAACAAGCAAAGUCAAAGUCAAAGUCGAAAGGAAAAGGCAAAGGUAAAGGUAAAGUAGAGGAUGCAGGAGAUGGAGAAAUCAAAGAAGACGAUGAAGGUGCUGUCGUGUUCGAAAUGUACAAGUCAACUUGGAGCACGACUGGAUUCAGAGAUUAUCAUAGGAGGAUGCAAUUAUUCAUACUGCUUUUCAUCGAGGGAGGAAGUUAUGUUCAAGAAGAUGAAGAUUCAUGGGAAUUCAUAACACUUUAUGAGAAACGUAAACGACCUAAUUCAGACAUAUUCACAUAUCAUUUCGUAGGGUAUACAUCGGUGUAUCCAUUCUGGUGUUAUCCUGAUCAAGUCAGAUUACGUUUAAGUCAAUUCGUUAUAUUACCACCUUAUCAACAUCAAGGGCAUGGAUCCAAAUUGUACUCGGCACUUUUCUCAAGUAUGCUUUCAAGACCUGAAGUUGCUGAAUUAACAGUCGAAGAUCCAGCAGAAGCAUUUGAAGAUUUACGUGAUCGGAAUGAUUUACGUUUCUUGUACAAACAAGGUAUAACGGAAGAUCCAAUGUUCACCGUCGGUUUAGGUGAAGAUAGUAGAUCAGAAAGAGCAGAAUGGGAAACAAAGUUAAGAAAAAAAUACAAGAUCGCUCAAAGACAAUUUGAUAGAUUAUUAGAGAUGUUAUUACUGAAAAAUCUCAAUAAAAAAGAUGAAGAAAAAAUUAGAAAGUAUAGAUUAGGAGUCAAAGCUAGAUUAUUCAGAUUCAAUUAUGAAAUGUUAUCGCAGAUGACACCUGACGAGAGGAAAGAAGCUUUAGCCAAAACUUAUGAGAGCGUAGUCGAGGACUAUGAGAGAAUACUGGAAAUGACUUUCCAUUAG